UCUGAAGAAGCUGCAGCGCAGAACUUCAGUUUGCGCGUAUCACUCACCGGUGGCGGUCAUCUCUUGGAAUCUCUCUAGUCUAGUUCGAAGCUCGAAUUUGGAAUUUGGCAAUGGCACCACCAUGCUCUGCAGACGUUGUGUUCACGGUUGAACCGGUCAAGGUUGAACCCGUGCGAGAGAAGCAAUCGCACACGUACGAUGAAGCGCUGGAGCUGGCCGGAUUCGGGCGAGCACACGUUUUCUUAGUCAUUCUGUCCGGGUUUUCAAUCAUGGCCUCGAUCAACGAAGCCAUGGGAAUGAGUAUUAUUCUGCCGGCCAGUCAGUGCGAUCUGGGGCUGGAUCCUGGAGAAAAGGGAAUGAUCGGUGGAGCGGUGUUUUUGGGAGUCAUGACAUCGUCGUAUUUCUGGGGCUAUCAGGCGGAUACUCGAGGAAGACAGUUCGUGUUGAAAUAUGCGUUGAUAGCCACCUCGAUAUGUUCGGUUAUCUCGAGUUUUGCGAACGACUUUGCUUCGUUGUUAGUGAUGCGGUUCAUCACGGGGUUGUGUGUUGCAGCGCCUUCGGCUACGGUUUACGCAUAUCUGGGAGAGUUCUGCAUGCCAAGUAGACGAGACCAGAUGAUUUCUUACGCAUCAGUUAUACCUUCCAUUGGAAUAAUCUAUGUUGGAUUAAGUGGAUGGUUAACACUUUCUUUUGAUUGGAGUAUCAUCAUCACGGAAACGAUCACCUACAAACCAUGGCGUUUGUUAUUUAUUUUGUAUACCGCCCCGGGAUGUUUAGCUGGAAUUGUUUUCUUCUUUUUUCCGGAGACUCCAAAGUUUUUGCUGUCCAAAGGUCGAGAUGGAGAGGCAUUGGCUGUAUUACAGAAGCUUUACCAAAUUAACCAUGGAUGUGCAAAAGAAGGAAACUACGAAGUAACGGCUCUUCAGCCCGAAGUAAAUGAAGUUGAAUUUGAAUCUGAAUCGGGCCUGUUGGGAAUUUUAAAAUCGAUGAAGAAUCAAACUAUUCCACUACUGAAGUUUCCAUAUUUGAAGUACUUCUUAGUUUGCUGCGUUCAUGGUGCCAGUGCUUUUACCAUAUAUGGCGGCCUGGCUCUUUGGUUUCCACAAAUCAUGAAUCAAGUAUCGUCUAACCCGUCGGAUGGCACGAAGAUUUGCUCCGUCCUGCAGCAGCAGGACGUCGUCCCGGUUGAUUAUUCUACCACUGAUAUUUGUGAUUCAACCAUUGAAAAGGAAACCUUCAUCUACACGGCAAUGCUCGGAUCAUUCGGUGGAAUUUACUGCUUAGUUCUCUCGAUAAUCCUUCGUCGAUUCCGUACCUCAACGAUAAUGAUCUUCAAUAUGACCAUCUCUGGUAUUGCGGGCCUUCUGCUACAGUACUUUACCAACAGUUAUAUUGUUGCAGUGCUAUUUUGUGUGCAGAUUAUGUUCGCCGGCAUUUGUGUCAUGUUGGUGAAUGCUGGAGCCGUGUCGCUAUUCCCAACUAAAGUGCGAGGCAUGGCCGUCAACAUGGUUAACAUGAUUGGACGGUUGAGUUGCUUUAUCGCUAGUGCAGUUAUAGGACCUCUGUUGUUGCAAAACUGCCCGCUAACGUUCUACUGUUUGUCGUUCAUGCUCUUUGUCAGUGCUGCAGCUACGUUCCUUCUACCAAAGGAUAAGUGACAGCCGUAGUUUGCAUCGGAACAUGAGUACCUAGUCGACUGUGAUCUUCUCAGAAAUGAUUACGAUUCGAAAUCUACGGGAUCACCGCUAAGCGCAUGAUCCCUUUAGACUAUUAGAAGACUGACUGAAAUCUCGUCAAUACAAAUUCUUCCGAAAAAGAAUUACAUACUCCAAAAUACUUUCCUAAUAAUAUAAAUCAAAUAAAUGUCAAUCAAAACUGAUAACAACUACA